UCUCAGGAAAUGCGCACUUCCGUCUUUUGUUGCCUCAAGUAACUCAUUUUCCAUUUCCACACCAGACACCAGCUUAACAAGUAGUAACAGUAAAAGGUGAACCCGCAUCUGGUUCAGCUAUGUUCAGGCAAAUAUGAAGUUUCUUCUAUUUUUAGACGCCUUAUCGUCAAACCAGCAGUGCAACUGCAAGACAGCCCAGCUAGCUCUGAGUACAGAAGAGGAAGCUUGCUUUCAUUUUCUUAAACAGAGGCGAGUGGGUGAUUUGAAGUGAAGUGCGGGGGGUAGAAAGAAGAAAAGUUCGUUUCUGUGAGGGUUUUUCUGAAGUCUGAGGGGGCUGAUGGAGUUUUCUGACCACAUUAAGACGGCCAACGUGGAGGAUGUUGUGCUCCGUCAGCCGCUGCACCCACCGAGCAGAGGGACCCUGUGCGUCACCGGUCACCACCUGCUCUUCUCCGACAGGGAGGAGGGAAGCUCCAGGCAGGUUCUGCUUCUUCUCAGGAAUAUCGAUGCCAUUGAGAAAAGUGUGGAAAACCUUUUGGGCUAUUCCGGCUUCCUCUCAAAAGCAGCCCACAGUGACAGGAUGCCUGGAUCAUCUGGGACAAUCACCAUCAAGUGCAAAGAUCUGUGCGUGCUUCAGCUGGACAUUCCAGGCAUGGAGCAGUGCCUCAACAUUGCGCACUCGAUUGAGACCCUGUCCUGCCUGGACAAUGUGUCGGAGAUGUAUCCUUUCUUUUACAGGCCCAAUGACCUCAGCCUGCGGGAGCAGUGGGGUCUCUCAACCCCUGAAAAACACUACACUCAAAUUAAGGAACUUCAUAAGAAAUGGAGGUUGAGCAGUGUGAACAAAAAAUACUCCGUGUGCCCUUCCUAUCCUCCGGUAGUCAUUGUUCCAAAAGGCAUCGACGAUGAAACACUGAAGAAAGUGGCCAAAUUUAGGCAGGGUGGCCGCUUCCCUGUCUUGUGCUACUAUCAUCGAAAGAAUGGCAUGGUGAUCAUGCGCAGCAGCCAGCCACUGACGGGUGCCAACAAGAAACGCUGCAAGGAAGACGAACUCCUCCUUCAGGUUGUGAUUGAGGACUCAGAUAAAGGUUUCAUUAUUGACACUCGUUCAAGUCAGCAGGUUCAGCAGGCUCGGAUGACAGGCGGCGGCUUUGAGUCCAAAUCAUGCUACAGCCACUGGAAGAGGCUUCACAAACAGAUGGAAAGGGGUAAGGCCCUUCAGGAGAGCCUGAUUAAACUGGUGGAAGCCUGCGGAGAUGAGUCCCACAAUGUGGACCGCUGGCUCAGUAAGCUGGAGAAUUCAAAAUGGCUGUCUCACGUCCAGACUGCUCUGUCCGCAGCUGGCCUGCUGGUAGAGUGUGUGGAGAGGGACGGUCAUUCAGCUCUGGUCCAUGGCUAUGAAGGUACAGACUGCACUUUGCUCAUCUGCACUCUGGCCCAACUCAUCAUGGACCCGAGCUGCCGCACUCUGGAGGGUUUCCUGGCUCUCCUGGACAGGGAGUGGCUACAGGCAGGACAUCCGUUCCAGCAGCGGUGUGCCCAUUCAGCCUACUCCCACGCUCGCCUCCAGCAGGAGUCUCCAAUCUUCCUGCUGCUGCUGGACUGUGUUUGGCAGCUUUGGCGCCAGUUCCCCCUGGCGCUGGGUUUCUCUGAGACGCUGCUCCUCAGACUGGCAAAUGAGGUCUACGCUUCAGACUACGGCACGUUUCUGUGCAACAAUGACCAGGAGAGGUGUGCCAUGCAAGUGAAGGACAGGACUCACUGUUUGUUCCAGGCCCUGCUGAGGCCGCCUGAGAGAGAUUACUACUCAAACCCUCUGUAUGAACCCAACGAACUGGCAAUCUGGCCCUCAGUUCACCCACAGUCCCUGCAGCUCUGGAGAGGCUUUUUCCUGAGGUGGACGCAGCAGGCGCGACAUCUAGAGGCAGUUCAGGAGGAAAUAAGGAGCAUGGUCAUUGAGUGGCAUAGGGUGACCCAGAGGUGACACCCCUACAAAGAAAUUAGGAUUUGAAAGAGAAAAUUAUUUCACAGAGCCAUAUUUUAAUUUUUUCCAUGUUUAAAUGUACUGUAUUUUUUUGCCUUC